CAGCAAUCGCAGUUGUGCACUGCCUGGGUGAGGUUGUGGUGUGGCUUCUGCAGCAGGCGGUGACCCUAUCACUGACCAGCAGGCUGGCUCUCAGCUCCUCAGGGUCCAGCCUAAAGCACUGCUGGUCUUGGCUGUUUCCGGAGCAGCCCCCAGAGGUGACGUGGCUCUCAUUGUCUGCCACCGAGACAAAGUAGCCCUGCGCACCCCCAGGAACCUCACGCCCCCCAUGGCCUGCCUGCCUGUUGGUGGGGGGUUGUCCUGUGCUGAAUGUGGCUCCAGUGGAGAGAUGCUGGGCCUGUAGAAGCCGGCCUUACAAGUGUGGGGGAGGGUGCUGUGGGGAAUUUGCUGGGCAUUGUCCUCCAGGGCCCAGCAGAGGCCACCUCUUGCUUCCCUUGGUGUGCUGCAAGACCAGGAGGAGCCAGCCUCUUGUCCCUGGGCUGUAAUCCCUCUCUACUGGCUGGGGAAGACCCUGGGCAAACAAUGCCUGUGGGCAGAUAUUUGUCAGGGAGCUAAGCCCCAGGGUAGCCCCUGAGCCCAGACAGGGGUGCAGCAGCCCCUUCCUGGCACUUGGCCCUCUCUGUCCCGCCCCCAUUCCACCCCAGCCUUAGUUUGGGGACCUUGGGAGGCUGGGCAGAGGAGCAGGGUGAUUUAAGAGCGCUGUUGCCUGCUCCUGGACAGUUUGGGGCAAGUGGCGGCCUCCCUGGCCCCCCAAGCCCUCCUAACGAGAAAGAAGGAGUUAUGGGUACAUCAGGAGGAUUGGACACGGAUGAGCCAUGAAUGUUCCUGGGGCACAAGUGCCGGCAGGCGUUGUUCAGGAGGAUGGUACCACAGUCUAGUCACAGAGCUGCCACAGUGCCUACAUCGGGUACUAGGUGCCAGGGGCCAUGCUGAGUGAGGAGGAGGGCAGUGGCUGGAAGGGGGCUCUAUGAGCCCUGGGCUCUGGUUACCCCAGGUUGGAAACUGGGUCAGGAGGCCAGACCCUGGACGCCACCUCCCCCUCCUGCCUCACUCCCUCGGAGCACUGCCCUGGAGCGUCCACAGGGUCAGAGGUGACACCUGAGGUCUGGCCAGGACUAUGGCAGGCUCCAUGCCAAGCAGAGCCCUCCCACCCUGGAGAGUGCAUGGAGAAUUGGUACCCAGGAACUUGGGACUGAGGCCAGUGAGGGACAUCUCAUGUCCAACUCGCUAAUGGACUGAGGUCGGCUGUCUGGGGUGUGCGCCCAAAGCAGGAGUGUGCCGUUGCAGCCCCGUGGGCUGUGGAGCAACCGGGCCCACCUGGUCCCUCACCCACACCCUGCACUGGGAAAGGUGGGGUGUGGGGGGGGACGCAGUGUCCAUAGGGGCCUUCAAGGCACCCGCAGAGCCCAUCCACCAGAUGCCUGCCUGCCUUGGGGCCCAGCACUGCUGGGCCAGGCUGUCGCCAAGAGGAGGUUCAGGCCAGUCUACUGAGCAGUGCUCUGCCCACCUGGUCCUGUCUGCCCCCCUUGCGCUCUCCACAACCUAUUGCUCCUUGAAUGAAGGCAGGGAGGGCCUGGGCUCUGUGAAACUCACCACCCAUCCAUCCCAGACCCACCAAGGGUGCGGAGGGGGGUGCUGCCCCAAAUACCUUCCGCAGAGUGUGAAAAGCAACACAGUGGAGGGCCUUAGCUCUCUAACUUCACACUGGGGAGAGUGGGUCAAGAUCCAUGCCCCAGAGUGAUUCCACCCUCCAGCCUGCCACCAGUCAUGCCUUCGCCCUCCCCUCCUCGCUGGGUUCCAGGGAGGCCUGCAGGGUCAUGCCGCACCAGGCAGGUUUGUCAGAGAAGUAACUGGUAACCGUCAGGAUCAGAAACCACGCAGGAUGCAGUUCUUCGUUCAGGACAGCCUCUAGCCAUCCCUGCAGGCAGGCCUCUGCGUGGUCCUCAGUGCCUGCUCAUGGAAAGUGUCCUGCGGCCUGAGAGCCCACCCCACCAGUACACCUGCACCAGAAGAUGCUUGGCUCUUCUGCUCUGUGGGCCGGGAAGCCCACCUCACUAUCUCCUGCCAGUCUCCUGCAUCUGCUUCCCACCGUCUCCAUUGUCUCUGCUGACCUCCUGCCCCCCGAGGUCUGCAGCCUGCUGAACCCGGCCGCCAUCUACGCCAACAACGAGAUCAGUCUGAGCGAUGUCGAGGUCUACGGCUUUGACUACGACUACACGUUGGCCCAGUAUGCAGAUGCGCUGCACCCCGAGAUCUUCAAUGCUGCCCGGGACAUCUUGAUCGAGCAUUACAAGUACCCAGAAGGGAUUCGAAAGUAUGACUACAACCCCAGCUUUGCCAUCCGGGGCCUCCACUACGACAUCCAGAAAAGCCUCCUGAUGAAGAUCGAUGCCUUCCAUUACGUGCAGCUGGGGACGGCCUACAGGGGUCUGCAGCCGGUGCCUGAUGAGGAAGUGGUCGACCUGUACGGGGGCACCCAGCACAUUCCUCUCUACCAGAUGAGUGGCUUCUACGGCAAGGGCCCCUCCAUCAAGCAGUUCAUGGACAUCUUCUCCCUGCCCGAGAUGGCGCUGCUCUCCUGUGUGGUGGAUCACUUCCUGGGCCACGGCCUGGAGUUCGACCAGGCCCACCUCUACAAGGACGUGACGGAUGCCAUCCGAGAUGUGCAUGUGAAGGGCCUCAUGUACCAGUGGAUUGAGCGGGACAUGGAGAAGUACAUCCUCCGAGGGGAGGAGACCUUCGCCGUCCUCGGCCGCCUGGCGGCUCACGGGAAGCAGCUCUUCCUCAUCACUAACAGCCCUUUCAGCUUCGUGGACAAGGGCAUGAGGCACAUGGUGGGCCCCGACUGGCGGCAGCUCUUUGAUGUGGUCAUCGUCCAGGCGGACAAGCCCAGCUUUUUCACUGACCGGCGCAAGCCGUUCAGAAAGCUUGACGAGAUGGGUUCUCUGCAGUGGGACCGGAUCACCAGCUUGGAGAAGGGCAAGAUCUACCGGCAGGGAAACCUGUUUGACUUCCUUCGCCUGACGGAGUGGCGGGGGCCACGGGUGCUCUACUUUGGAGACCACCUCUACAGUGACCUGGCGGACCUGAUGCUGCGGCAUGGCUGGCGCACGGGCGCCAUCAUCCCCGAGCUGGAGCGGGAGAUCCGCAUCAUCAACACGGAGCAGUACAUGCACUCGCUGACCUGGCAGCAGGCGCUCACCGGGCUGCUGGAGCGCAUGCAGACCUAUGAGGACGCAGAGUCGCGGCAGGUGCUGGCGGCCUGGGUGAAGGAGCGGCAGGAGCUGAGGUGCGUCACCAAAGCCCUGUUCAACGCGCAGUUUGGGAGCAUCUUCCGCACCUUCCACAACCCCACCUACUUCUCCCGGCGCCUCGUGCGCUUCUCCGACCUGUACAUGGCCUCGCUCAGCUGCCUGCUCAACUACCGUGUGGACUUCACCUUCUACCCGCGCCGCACGCCCCUGCAGCACGAGGCGCCCCUCUGGAUGGACCAGCUCUGCACCGGCUGCAUGAAGACCCCCUUCCUCGGGGACAUGGCCCAUAUCCGCUGAGCAGCCACCUUUAUUGUCCGGGAGGGGAGGGAGGGAGGGAGGCAAUAAAGGCCGUGCCCCUUCCUGCUGCUCA